AUGCGCGUCGCAGAUGCCACCGCGGCGAGCUCGCAUCUGCUAGACUCUAAUGCCGAUCGCCGAGUCGAACGCGACGAUCGCGGCGGAAGCGCCGCUUGCGCUGCUGCUGAAGUGGGCGGAGAUGGCGGACUUGGCGCCGCUGCGGGGAAUGCGCGCAGAGAUUGCGGAGACGGCGGAAGCGCGGAGAGGGGGGGCGAGGGAAACGCGGAAGGGCAGGAUUGCGGAAGGGCGGAGCAGAACGACGGGGGAGGGGGAGCCGCCGCCCCCGCGGAUCCCCCCCAUCGUGUUCGGUUCAUGCAGCUGCAGAAGUUUCUGAGAAGCUGCGAUGAGUCGGACUAUAGCGCCCUCACCACAUCACUCCUGUCCAUGUCAGCGUGGGACCGCAGCCAGUUCGCCGCCCACACGGAGAAAAGGGCACUGCAACUGGGGGCGGAGGAAGGUAGUCGCGAUCCGCUGAUUAUUUAUUUUAUAUUCUCAAUUACGCAGAAAGAAGAGGACCUGAGAGAGUUCGCGGCGGAGAUGACGACGAUGAUUCACCUGCACGGCACGCCCGGGCUGGUUCAGCUGCGGGAGAUAUUCGACGACGACUUGGCGGUGCAUCUGGUCAUGGAGUUCUGCCAAGGCGGCGACUACUUCGACCACAUUGCGCGGAAGAAGCGACUCUCCGAAGGCGAAGCGGCGAAUAUCUUCAGGCAAGUGGUGGUUUCCGUCAACGCCAUGCACGCUAAAGGUUUCGUCCAUCGCGAUCUCAAGCCGGAGAACAUCCUCAUCGCGAAGCCCGCGUCGCACUCAAACGAGGAUGUCGAAGUGAAGAUCGCGGACUUCGGGCUCGCAAUCGCCGUGAACGAGGGAAAGGGAAUCAAAGGAGUCGUCGGCAGUCCGUUUUAUAUGGCGCCGGAAGUUAUCAAGGGGAAACUCUAUGGUGUCGAAGUCGACGUGUGGAGCCUCGGAGUUAUCCUCUACACUAGCCUCGCAGGCGUCCUUCCGUUUUGGGGGAAGGGUCACCAAGCCGUUUUCACCGCCAUCUGCCGCGCUCAGCCGGACUUCGAUCGCAGUCCAUGGCCGUUGAUCUCCACCGAGGCGAAGCAUCUCAUCCGUCGGAUGCUGACGCUCGACCCGACGAAACGUAUACGCGCGUGCGACAUUCUCGAGCAUCCCUGGAUGAAGUCGGCCCACGCGAACGGCGCUCCGCGACGUCGCAGCAGCCUUCUGCGAAAAGUGUUUGGCGAUAUCUCGGUUCAGUGGCCCGCGAACCUGAUUCCUGGAAUUUCCGGACUCGGAGGGGCCGCUCCUGCUCCGGCUCCUGCGUCUACACCUGCGGAUCUGGUUGCGGCGAGCGACGACAGCAAGGCGAAGACGCCUUCCGCCGAUGGACACGCGCCGCCCGCCAAGGACUCUGCUUCGGGAAGCGCGGCGGUUAUGGAUGCCACGUCGGACGUUGCGCCGACGCGCGAUAGCGACGAGAAGUCAUCGGAGGCGGUCGUUCCAAUAAUGGUUCCAGCUCCGGUGGUGAAGGGAUAUAUGGCGAACAACGCGGGGAGCGGAACAGCGGCUUUGCGCGCGCUGAAGCCCGUUCCAAACCAAUCGAGGGAGAAUGGGGGGGUCACGGCGGCGGGUGUUCCGCGCUUCAACGCUCUGAAAGCUGCAUGUAUCGGCGCGGAGAAUCAUCCGCCAGCGGGGCAGCAGGUUCUUCUGGUUGAGCCAGAGUCUGCUCCUCGAGAAUGUCCUACGGGUGGAAUAUCUGUUGAUAUCAAGGCGGGUUGCGUUUUUAGCAACGAUUCAAGCGACGGGUGUAGCGAUUCUACAGUCUACAGUGACGGAAGUGCCGAGGUUGGCGAAUUCAGCAGCGACGACAGUAACCCGAGUCAGCUGCGCGAAGAAUUCUUGCCGUCGCCAAGGACCCCGCCUUCGCGAAGAUCUGGAGCAGCAAAAGAGCGGGAAAUUGUUGGCAACAGUCACAACGGUCAGAAGAACCGUCAGAUCCAGAAUAACCAUCAGCUUGCCCACUCCAUCGCGCACCCGUUCCCCGGCCUUUACGCGUGUCCCAACUCGCCUAGUUUCACUCCGUCGCCGUCCGCUAUCGCCGGCGCGAAUGGCGGUCAUCAGCUUGGUCCGUUCGCGUCUGGCGUGGGGUUCUGCUGGCCUGCCGGGAUUUUCAGUCCGCCGGAUAACGUCCGCGGUAGCAUGUGUUUGCCAGAUCAGCAGCAGCAGCAGGCGUCGCCGAUGUCGCCGAGUCUUCCGCCGGAGAUUGGGUUCCCGGAGCUGCAGCCUCUGCCGCCGACGCUCCACUCCGCCUUAGGUUCGGAAUCCGCGUUGACGACGCUACCACUACCGAUGCCGUCGCCGGUUUCGUCGCACGGUUUCGUGAUGCCUGGGCCGUCGCAGGCAGACGCGGCGGGUCCUGAUGCGGCGCAUCUUAUGGCGGUUCCUUCGAUUUCGGACGGCAUCCCUGUUUCACCGUCGCAGCUUUCCCCGGCUGCCACCCUUUCAUCCGUACCGGAGUCCGUCGCGCUGGAGAUCGACCUUGGCGACGCCGGCGACUGCGACGGCGACGAUGGAGAAGGAGGAGAUCCGGUGACGGAGAUGGCAGCAGAUGCUGUGUCGGGGAUGGCGGCGGAGAUGGCGGAAGACGCGGUGUCGGAGAUGGGAACGGGGUCGCUCGAAGACCUGCUGGCCGCCGCCUUGGCGUUUGACUGCCCGUCCAGCAGCGGAAUGUCUACUUCCGCGUCGCCCGCGUCGUCCGCGUCGUCUCGCUCGUCCUCGUCGUCGUCGUCGGAUGUUAGCGCCGCGUUCAGCCUGGGCAGCAGCAAGCUGUCGUGGACCGGCUUCAACCCCCCAGCGCUCCCCGCGCUGCCCUCCCCCGCGCCGCUGCCCGCUGCCCCCGCGUGGCCGCCCAACGCAGAAUUAGCGCCGCUGCGGCAUGAGGUGUCCCUGGAUCCGCAAGGCACGCCGGUUUUAGAGCAGGCGGGUGUUGAUAGCCCGAGUCCGUCUUCUGCUGGUGGCUUGCUCGUCGCUUCUCCAGGGUCUCUCGUUGCCGCUCCCUGCACGCUCGCCGCAGCUGCUAUUCAACAGGGUCCGCAGGGUCGUAGCCCAGGGUCCGUUUUGGAAGGGGUUGGAGCAUCGCCAGAGAGCAGUUCUCGAGUAGGAGCAGGAGCCGCUGCUGGAGCUGCUUCUUCUGGUGCUGGUUCUGCUGGUGUUCGUCGUCCUCCGCUUCCUUCUCAGUGUCAGCCUAAUCGUGGUGCUGCCUCUGCUCCUGUUGCUGCUGGCAGUGGUGCAAUGGCUAGGGGCGGAGAGGGGCGGAAGGUGCAGUCGGUUGGGUGUAGCAGUGGUGCAGCUCUGUUCUCAGGGCCGCUGGGGCUUGGAGGGAGCUCUGCGGCUGGUGCAGUUGCCUUGGCCAUCAGCAGGAAGCAGAUGAGGUGA